GUGUUCAUCCAGUACCAAAUGAUAUUCAAAGGUCAGGAGUGUCUGCCGUUCAAGGUCACACCAAGGACAAUGUUGAACGGUUUUCUGGGAGUGCAUCUGUAUCUGUGGAGGAAAGAGAUAACAAAAGUGUGAAUUCUGUUACUAGAAUAGAAGAACAAGAAGUUGAUGGCUCUCGUUUAGUUGCUAUUCAGAGUUCUAAAGUGAAAAGCAUUAAGAAAAAUCACAGAACAGGAAAGCAAGAGCUGAUGAAGUCAGUGCAAGAGCUUGCUUCUCAAGCAGCUACUCGAGCCAAGGCUGAAGCUGCAAAAAACAUCACACCACCAAAGUCAGCUUAUCAAUUUGACGCUUCUUUGCGGCGACUCUCUAAUGACCGUGCUCUACAGGCUCGUUUAUUGAAGAUAACAAGAUUUGGGAUGAAGUAUUUUGUAGCGAGGCAACGCCAAUUGAGUAUGCAGAGAUGCUUGAUAAAUUUCGUUCAAGAUACUGCCUCAAUCGGUGACAAGCGUGUUCUAAAAGAGAUCUUAGGGAUGGUCUUUGUGCUAUCACAUUUUCAUUUUUUGUACUCAGCCAUCAUAAUCCCAAAUCACUUAAAUGCUGAAAUGCUCCACCACUAUUUGGUCUACUUUGUGGACCUUCAUAAAAAGAAUCCAUGAAGGUCUGAAAUAUGUUCUUUUUCAUAUGGUUUGUUAACAUGAUCCCUUCAAGUCAAGUCUAUGAUCCAUUGUUCUGAGUUUGUGCAUGUGUACAUAGGUAACUGAUUUUGAUGACAUAUUAAGCCUUGAUAUUACAAUCUCCAUUAUCUUAUCCA